UGCCACUUCUAUCUUUGGCUGCACAGAAGACGAGUUGUUCACUUGUUUGCCUUAUCUGAUCAAUUACUUCAUUGUCUCCUCACAAAAUUAGUCGACAAAAACCAGAGUGAUCCCUUGGCCUUUCUCAAUCAACUAUGCCUUAACCUCACCAAUGGUGUACUUACUGUUCUUAAAACUAUUUUAAUUGAAAAUUUUCAUAGCAUAUGUCUAUAGUUUUCUAAUCUUUUUGAACACUUCUUGAUGUCUCUAAUUUUUUCGAACCUUUCUUAAUUUUUCUAAACAUUUAUAAAUUUUUCCGAUUUAUUCAAAUUUUACCAAACUUUUCAUAUUAUUUCCCAACUUUUCUUAUUUUAUUAAAAUUUUCCAGAAUUUACAAAAUAUUAUUUAUUUUUUUUUAAAAAAAAAACACAGAAGAGACUUAAGUGGGAGAACUCCAAAAACAGAAUAAUGGGAGAAAUUAUUAGCAACAAAUUCGUGACUAUAAAACAUCACAUAGAUGGAGCACCAAAGGAGGAAGAUUUUGAGCUCAUUACUGCAAAUAUUAGCAUAUCUUCCUUUGAAUUUGAGGCAGACUCCUCCAACUUUGUCCUGGUGAAAUGUCUUCAUGUUUCCAUUGAUCCAUACCAGCUCAACCGCAUGAAGAAAUAUAGCCCUUCUCAUAAUUCAAUUUAUGUGGCUACUCAAUUGGUUCCUGGCAAGCCAAUUACUGGAGCAGGAAUUGGGAAAGUCAUGGCUUCAGGGCAUCCUGAAUUCCAAAAAGACGAUCUAGUCUCUGGAGAAUUGAUUUGGGCAAAUUAUGUGCUGGUGGAGGAUGUCAAGUUACUCAGAAAAUUAGAUCCAAUGGGAUUUCCCCUGUCAUACCACGUUGGAAUUUUUGGAUUGAGUGGACUCACAGCAUAUGUUGGAUUUUUUCGUUUGGGCAAGCCGAAGAAGGGAGAGAGGGUGCUGGUAUCAGCUGCUUCAGGAUCAGUAGGAAAUAUAGUAGGCCAAUUCGCUAAGUUAUUAGGCUGCUAUGUUGUGGGAUGCGCAGGAACCCCAGAAAAGGUAGCUUUAUUGAAGGAUAAGCUUGGCUUUGAUGAUGCAUUCAAUUACAAAGAAGAGGAUGACUUCAACCUAACUCUUAAAAGAUACUUCCCAGAAGGAAUUGACAUAUAUUUUGACAAUGUGGGAGGAGAAAUGCUAGAAGCAGCAGUUGCAAACAUGAACACUUUUGGUAGGGUGGUUGUUUGCGGGGUAAUAUCUCAGUACACUGAUCCUACAGCAAGAAGAGCUGCUCCUGACAUGAUCAACGUCAUUUAUAAGCGACUCACUAUCCAAGGAUUCUUACUUUUAGAUUAUAUGGAUGAACAAACUGUUGCAGAUUUUGUGUCAACAACAACUAGCUACCUUCAUGCAGCUCAAAUGCAAGUUCUUGAAGAUAUCUCUUUUGGCCUUGAAAGUAUACCUUCAGCUUUUGUGGGUCUCUUUUGUGGGCGUAACACUGGCAAGACCAUUGUUCAAAUUGCGCAGGAUUAAUCAGUUAAUUAGACUCACUUAUUAAUCUUAUUAUGUUCUUUUGUUGCAAUUAGUCUUAAACAUUUAUUUUCUUUACAAGUGUGUUUUAUAUGUUUCCAAACCCUGCCAAAAUCAAUCGAGUCAUAUGUUUUUGCUUGA